AUGAGCUCCCCACCCACACUCGAGAGGCUGGCCAGAAAAUGUCUGCUAAAGAAUGAAGCCUUGGCCAAAGCUUCCUUGAAGAAGAUGCCCAAGGCAUUCUUCCCACCACUGUUCAUAGACGCCUUCAAUGGCAACCAGACAAACAUCAUAAGGGCAAUGGUGGCAGCCUGGCCCUUCCCAUGCCUUCCCUUAGGAGCCCUGAUGAAGACUCCCAACCUGAAGACCUUGAAGGCUGUGCUGGGGGGCCUGGAUUUGCUGAUAAACCAGAAGGAUCAACCUGGGAGUUGCAAACUCCAAGAGCUAGAUUUGCGGGAUGCCCAACAUAACUUCUGGAACUUUUGGGUUGGAACGGAGGAUGGUGUCUGCUCUCCGGAUGUCAUCAGUGAGACCCGACCAGUGGUUUAUAGUCCCGGACGAGGGGGAAAACUGGUUGUGACUGUGUGGAUGAACCUUUCCCUCAAGACCAGACAUCCCAGUAAAUACCUAAAAUACUUCUAUCGCUGGGCCAAGCUGAGAAAAGAAGUGGUGCAGGUGAUGUGUCCAAAGCUGGAGUUUGGGGCCAUCCCUCUCUACAACCCCCUAAUAUUGCUGGAGGUAUUUGAGCCAAGCUCUAUUGAGGAAUUCACAGUGAGUGCACGUUGGACCCUGAGAACCCUGGUGAAGAUAGCCCCUGGCCUGAGCCAGAUGAAAAACCUUCAGAAAAUCCUUCUCAAUGGAAUCUCCGUACCUUUUGAGUGGUUUGGAAACCGCAAGAUGGUCAAUCAGUGUAUCACAGAGAUCAUUAACCAGAUACCAGUACUCAAAAAGAUCCAGCAUCUCAAACUGAAUGAUGUCUGCUUCCUGAAUGAACAACUGGAUGAAGUACUCAGGUGCAUGGAGAGUCCCUUGGAGACCCUUUCAAUCACUCGAUGCUCGCUAUCAAAUAAAGACAUGAGUUAUCUGUCCCAGUGUCCCAGCAUCCACAUGCUCAAACAUCUGGAUCUGAGUGGCGUCACCUUUCUAAAUUUAGACCAUCGACUUUUAGGAAGCCUGCUAGAAAGACUGACAGCUACUCUGCAGACAUUACAAUUGAAGGGUUGUAUGAUCAUGGAUCACCAGAUUAGUGCCCUCUUGCCUGCCCUGAGCCAGUGCACCCAGCUCACUGAGGUCAAUUUUCUGAAGAACUUCCUGUCUGUGGCCAGCAUUAGGAAGCUGCUGCAGCACACUGCAAAACUGACUCUGCUCACCCGGGAGCUAUACCCCGCCCCUGACGAGGUCUAUGAUGACAUUGGUGAUGUCCAUCCAGACAGGUUUAGCCAACAUUGCAGUGAGCUAAUGGAAACUCUGAGGGCUAUUAGACAGCCGAAAGAGGUCUACUUUGUGAGUAAAAGAUGUCUAGACUGUCGGGACUUCUCUGUCUAUAACAUGGAGGCCACACUAUGUUCAUGUUGGGAAUGA